UGUAUAUGUUCCUGUUUUUUUAUUUCUUUGUAAUAAUUUUAUUUUUGUGUACAAAAUAUAUAUUUGAAUGUCCAUACAUACACGUACCAUAUAUUCGAUCGUUAUCGGUUAACAACGAUAUUUUUGAAAAACGUUCUUUUAAAAAGUUUCACAUUCUUUACCAGUCAGUGUGAUUCCUAUUGAACGAUUUAAUCAUAAAUAAUUGUGAUUGUUAGUGUACUAUUAUUGUAACAAUUAAUUGUGAAAGUGUUCCUUGUGGUGGAGAGUCGCAGUUAAGAUAAAAAUUUGCAGCUCGAUCGGAAGGCGAGUAUUUAUAAAACGUUACAAUGCCCCCGAAGAUGAGGGGGACCGAAUCACUGAAGCCAACCCAAUCUCUGCGGCUUCUUCAACAAGAUUUGGGCGGGCUCAAUGACCGAAUCAAUUUAACGGCACAAACACACAAUCUAAACACCACACAAAUACAGAACACUACGUACACACUAAAACCCGUCAACUCUCAAUCACUCUUUGCUAACCACAACAAAAAAAUUAAACUUUCACACUCACACCAAUCAUCAAAUAUAUCUCUCACUCAAAACACUUAUAGACAGCCAGCACAAACUCAAAAAAACACAUCAUUCACUCAACACGUUCGCAAUACACAACCAGCUCAAUCCAACACCUCACUUACAUCCACAAGCCUUUCUUUCACACACGCAAUUAAUCAACAACAGCUACAACACCACGACUUAGUACCAUUUACAACACUCACACGACAACCGUCUUUCUCCGUCAACGUCACUAGACCAGAACCAGCGGACGAAUGGACGGACAAACAAACAGUGCUCGAAAUUUUGAGGGAAUUGCAGCAAAACGUCCAGAAGGUCAUGGAGAGCCAAAAAGAUCUCCAAAAAAUUCGGGAUACCCAGGAGUAAGAAAAUUUGUGAAUAAUAUAUUUUUUAUAAUUAUUAACUUGACUCAAAAUUCAUGUAAAUUUUAAUUUAGAAAAAUACA